GAGAAGGAAAAUAAAAAAAAAUACCAACGUGCAUCCACUCUUUUCUCCGGAAAGAAGACCAGAUCAGCAACUUCAUCAAACCCAAUUUUGGCUUCAAAUCUUUCCUCCAUAUAGCCAAAGAGUAAGACUUCGUUUCUACAAAAUAUUUGAAAGUUCCAUAAGCUUUUUUUCUAUUUGGAUCAUACUUUUCCUCUAGCUUAUUACUUUCUAGGGUACAUAGUAAGAUUCGGAGAUGGAUGUUGUGCAAAGAAAAGUGAACACAUUUGGAAGAAAAGUUGCUUCUUUCCCUCAUGUCGAAAUUAUUGGAAGAACUCUCUUUGCCUCCUCCUUCUUCCUCUCUGCUUGGCAUGACUACAUGGAGCUCAAAUCCAAUUGGGAAGGAACUGAGGAUUACUGGAGACCAAACUUGGGAUAUUCAGGAGACCAGAUAAAGCAUCUUAUGGCAGUUAGUAUCAUAGUGAGAACACUUGGAGGACUUAUCUUCAUCUAUGGCAGCUUCUUUGGAGCCUUCCUUUUGCUUAUGUACCAAGGCAUUGUUACAAUGAUCCAUCAUGAUUUCUACAACCAUCGUAUCGACACUGAGGAAUUUGGACUGCUAUACAUCAAACUCAAAAGGAUCCUGAAUGAAACAGUGUCGUACGAGGCUGCCUACAACUUCUACAAAUCAGACUUUGACCAGCAGCAAAUCGAGCAAGUCAAAUCGAAAUUCCGUGAGCUUGCGGAUCAUGCAAUGACAAACCCUGCCUUGUUAGGACAUAAUGAGUUUGUUCGACGGCUCUUAAGCUUCAUCAAGGGAUUGGCCGUGGUAGGAGCAUUGCUCUUUUUCGUGGAUAUGAAGCAUAAACUCAGCAAAGCCAAGAAACAAUCCAAAGUUAAAACUGAAUGAAACAAAGCCAUUUUAAAUAUGUUAUCGUUAUGUGAGUUUGAAUUUGAAUCAACUUUUUUUUACAAUGAAUCUCACUCUCUCUGAUUAUUUGAGUCAUGUUAGGUUCAAGGUUAGAA